GUUUUUAGUCAGAGGCAUCAAUCAAAAUUUGAAGAGGCAGGAAACAUCUUUUGUUAUGCAAAACAAUAUAUGAUGUAUAUGAAAGCAGUCCUGUUUGGAGAUGACCGUAUAGCAGACAAGAUUAUGAAGACAUCAGACCCUAAGAAAAUUAAGGCACUUGGAAAGAAAGUCUCCAAUUUCCAUGAACCAACGUGGAGAGCUCAUUGUCUUGAUGUUGUCAAAACUGCAAAUCUUGCUAAGUUUUCUCAGAAUGAAAAGCUGAAGAAAAAGCUUUUUAACACAUACCCUAAAAUUCUUGUGGAAGCAAGUCCAUAUGAUAAGAUCUGGGGUAUAGGGCUAGCGGAAGAUGAGCCCGAGGCCUUUGAUAAAAUAAAGUGGAAGGGACACAAUCUUCUCGGCUAUGUUCUCACUGAAGUCAGGGAUCAGCUAGUGUGCAAGGAGGGUCAGAUAACAGCUUAGAACAAAAUGGUGUUUGUGGAAACAUUGAAAGCCUCUUAUUGUGCUGAACUCGAUUCAAGGGAGUCAACUCAGUGUUGUGAAACUGAAAAUGUCCAUCCUCUAGAUACUGGCAACAAUAGCAAUCUAGAAGCUAAGGGCGCUUACAGCGAACAUGGG